AUGGAGAAAAUAAUGCGUGAUGUCAUGACUGAACACCUAGUUAAGCAUAAUCUAUUAUCUUGCAAUCAACACGGUUUUGUCAAAUCUAGAUCGUGUGUCACAAAUCUUCUUGAAGUAAUGGAUAUUAUUACCAAAGCUUUAAGUGACAACUGUGCUGCAUUGCUCAUUUUGUUAGAUUUUGCCAAAGCUUUUGAUCGUGUAUCACAUCUUCUGCUUUAUCACAAACUGGCUGGCUAUGGUUUUGGCAAUAAUAUUCUUGCCUGGCUCAAAGACUUUCUUGAAAAAAGGAAACAGCGGGUUGUUCUAGGAAAUUUCUCUUCAAAAUGGAAGGAUGUCCAUAGUGGUGUACCACAAGGAUCAGUCUAA